UGAACACAGAAUCCUUGUCAUAAUUAUAAGGAAAACUGCAUUUCUCUUAUAAAUUACAACUGUUUGGCACUUAAAAUCUGAUGUCUGCGGCUGGAAAAUCAGGAGCAAUGUUGGUGGAAGACCCAGAUCAAACCUAUGAGAAUGUCCUGGCUGAGAUUCAAUCUUUUGAGCUGCCCAUUGAAGCUACUUUAAGGUCUGUGUAUGAUGACCAACCGAAUGCACACAAGAAGUUUAUGGAAAAGUUAGAUGCUUGUAUCCGUAAUCAUGACAAGGAAAUUGAAAAGAUGUGUAAUUUUCAUCAUCAGGGUUUUGUAGAUGCUAUUACAGAACUCCUUAAAGUAAGGACUGAUGCAGAAAAACUGAAGGUGCAAGUUACUGAUACCAACCGAAGAUUUCAAGAUGCUGGAAAGGAGGUGAUAGUCCAAACAGAAGAUAUUAUUCGAUGUAGAAUUCAGCAGAGGAAUAUUACAACUGUAAUAGAAAAAUUGCAGUUAUGCCUUCCAGUGCUGGAAAUGUACAGUAAGCUGAAAGAACAGAUGAGUGCAAAAAGGUAUUAUUCUGCUCUAAAAACUAUGGAACAAUUAGAGAAUGUGUAUUUUCCCCGAGUUAGUCAAUACCGGUUUUGUCAGCUGAUGAUAGAAAAUCUUCCUAAGCUCCGUGAAGAUAUUAAAGAAAUCUCCAUGUCUGAUCUCAAAGACUUUUUGGAAAGCAUUCGCAAACAUUCUGACAAAAUAGGUGAAACAGCAAUGAAACAGGCACAGCAGCAGAAACUCUUCAGUGUUAUUCUGCAGAAGCAAAAUAAUGUAAAAUUUGGGAAGACUAUAUAUAUAAAUGAUAGAAUUCCAGAAGAAAGGAAUGAAAUUGUAUUGAAACCUGUAUUUGAGGAAGAGGAUGAGAAUGAAGAGGAGGUUUUAACUGUUCAGGAUCUUGUUGAUUUUUCCCCUGUUUACCGAUGUUUGCACAUUUAUUCUGUUCUGGGUGAUGAGGAAACAUUUGAAAAUUAUUACCGAAAACAAAGAAAGAAACAGGCAAGACUGGUAUUGCAACCCCAAUCAAAUAUGCAUGAAACAGUUGAUGGCUAUAGAAGAUAUUUCACUCAAAUUGUAGGGUUCUUUGUGGUGGAAGAUCACAUUUUACAUGUGACCCAAGGAUUAGUAACCAGGGCAUACACUGAUGAACUUUGGAACAUGGCCCUCUCAAAGAUAAUUGCUGUCCUUAGAGCUCAUUCAUCUUAUUGCACUGAUCCUGAUCUUGUUCUGGAACUGAAGAAUCUCAUUGUAAUAUUUGCAGAUACUUUGCAGGGUUAUGGUUUUCCAGUGAACCGACUUUUUGACCUUUUAUUUGAAAUAAGAGAUCAAUACAAUGAAACACUGCUUAAAAAAUGGGCUGGAGUUUUCAGGGACAUUUUUGAAGAAGAUAAUUAUAGUCCCAUCCCUAUUGUUAAUGAAGAAGAAUAUAAAACAGUCAUCAGUAAAUUUCCCUUUCAAGAUCCAGACAUUGAAAAGCAAUCUUUCCCAAAGAAACUGCCCAUGUCUCAAUCAGUGCCUCAUAUUUAUAUUCAAGUUAAAGAAUUUAUUUAUGCCAGCCUUAAAUUUUCAGAGUCGUUACACCGGAGCUCAACAGAAGUAGAUGAUAUGCUUAGAAAAUCAACAAAUCUGCUGCUGACCAGAACUUUGAGUAGCUGUUUACUGAAUCUUAUUAAAAAACCUCACAUAGGUUUGACAGAGCUAGUGCAAAUCAUUAUAAAUACCACACACCUGGAACAAGCUUGCAAAUACCUUGAGGACUUUAUAACUAACAUUACAAAUAUUUCUCAAGAAACUGUUCAUACCACAAGACUUUAUGGGCUCUCUACUUUUAAGGAUGCCCGACAUGCAGCAGAAGGAGAAAUAUAUACCAAACUUAAUCAGAAAAUUGAUGAAUUUGUUCAGCUUGCUGAUUAUGACUGGACAAUGUCUGAGCCAGAUGGAAGAGCUAGUGGUUACUUAAUGGAUCUUAUUAAUUUUUUGAGAAGCAUCUUUCAAGUAUUUACUCAUUUGCCCACUAACAGCAAUGAUCACGCAGCCAUGUCGGGGAAAGUUGCCCAGACUGCUUGCAUGUCAGCCUGCCAGCAUCUGUCAACAUCAUUAAUGCAGAUGCUCCUGGACAGUGAGUUAAAACAGAUAAGCAUGGGAGCCGUUCAGCAAUUUAACUUAGAUGUCAUACAGUGUGAAUUGUUUGCCAGCUCUGAGCCCGUUCCAGGAUUCCAAGGGGAUACUCUGCAGCUAGCAUUCAUUGACCUCAGACAACUCCUUGACCUGUUUAUGGUUUGGGAUUGGUCUACUUAUCUAGCUGAUUACGGUCAGCCAGCUUCUAAGUACCUUCGGGUGAAUCCAAGCACAGCCCUUACUCUUUUGGAGAAGAUGAAGGAUACUAGCAAAAAGAACAAUAUAUUUGCUCAAUUCAGGAAGAAUGAUCGAGACAAACAGAAGUUGAUAGAGACAGUUGUGAAACAGCUGAGAAGUUUGGUGAAUGGUAUGUCCCAGCACACAUAAACUUCACAUUGCUUGCACUCAGUGACACCAAAUCCAUGGUGUCUCAGCAUUGAUCUCUAACAGGCACUGGUCAUGAUACAGAAAGUUGUUUGCAGAAUUCAAAAAUACAGUAGAGAAAAGACACUGAUGAGAGAGCUUAAACAAGAAAGAAUUAUAAAUAUCAUUUGUAUGGAUUUUUAAAUAGCUGAAUAAUAUUUUAUAUAUGGAAAACCUGGCAUUAAUUUUUUUUUCACUUCUAGGGAAAAAAGGCAAAACUAAUAUAUAAAUCAGGUCAAAAAUUAUCUAUGAAACUGAUUGUAUAAAUACAUUAGAAGAACUUAUGCCUCUGUGUAUUGGUGUUUUUUCUACUUAGACUUGAAUGAUUUUUCUGUUUUGUUUUUUGUUUGUUUUCCAGUAUCUGGUUUGGGAAUGAAAUUAUGUCUGAUCUUUCACUGUCAUUUUCUGACUUCUAGCUUUAAUUUUCACCUCAAUAUUAUUUAAAUAGACUAAAAUUUCUAAUUCUGCUGAUUUCGAGGGAGGAACUAUAAAUCUUUAAAGGUCCCUGAAGUCAAACUUAAUUUAACCCAAUAAGAAUUUGAAUUAUUUGUUCUACUUGGGUGGUUUAAUUUAAUCUGAAUAUGAAGAAAAGGAAUUUGAUUUUCUAAAGAUGCAAGGUGUUUCUGUUCAGCAGGGUUAAUAUUUCUAACUAUAGUGUUUGUAGCUGGCCCCAUUUAUUUGGUUUGGUUUGGUUUGGUUUGGUUUGGUUUGGUUCAAGUUAGAAGGACAGAAACUAAGUGGGGCUAACCACUUCAGGUGCCGCUUGUGCUAGGAGAGAUGUGUUCCUACACACAGAAGUUACCACAGGGGUCAGGUUACUUUCUUCAAAGAGCAGACCUCAGUACCGUGUCCUCACUGUGGAAACAAGCCAAACCAAACGAACUCUGGAAAACCUAAAAUGAAUGUACAUUUUACUGUGUAAAGUACUGUGGUCCAGAUGGUAAUAACAAUCUGAUCCUUACUUUCUCUUCAUUGUAUUUAUGCUGAAUAAUCCUUUUGCAUUUUCAGGAUUUAUGCCUGUAAGAAACUUUUAUUUGACUCUGUAAAAUAAGUGCAAAGAAUUAUAUGUACUUUUCUUGAUUUUGUGAUUAAAUAUUAAAAAGGUUGA